AUGCAUUAUUACAGAGCAUUCCUGCUUGCUAUUAUACUAGAAACUUCAUUUGGUGACAAGUUCAAAGCAUCCCAUCUGGAGCGUGUCGUAUAUCCCAUGCUUCUCGGCGCGAGGGGCCUCAAUAGAGAAACAAUUCUGCGUAUCGAAGACGGGCUUGUACUGACUUUGGAGAAAAGCACCGUCCUAGCCGAAGAUUUUGUCGUCAUUCAAGACGAUGGCAGAGAGCAACACAUGAGCGGUAAGGAGCUGGAGAAGAACCUGCACCACGACAGGCGUCACAUGUCAGCACUUUCGAUAGAAGAGGUGGACGGAGGUUGGGAGGUGAGGGGAGUCUUAAGCGACAAGUUGAGGAUUGAACCAAUGCCAUUGAAGGCGCGCUCUGAAGACGGAAGCAUUGCCCACAAGGUUUCUAAGAUUCAGAAAGAGGGAAAUUACGAGAAUGAUUACAUAGUUGAACCCGAUUUCGUGAUCUCUGAAAGAUCUGCAGACUAUGAGCAAGGGACUGUGUAUGUGGGAGAGGCGGUGUUCGUCGAAUUGAGGAUACUAUGCGACUCUCACCAUCAUAAACAUCAUCACUUCAAGAGUCGAAAAGAAGUGCUCGUCUACUUGGCGCUUUCGAUAAUCGCAGUAAAUCUGCGAUACGAUGCGCUCCGUGACCCGAGAGUUCAGUUCCUCCUCACAGGCGUCACCUUAAGCGGAGACGACUCAAACCUUGCGAUGGUGACACGCGAAGAAACAAGCGGUUGGGUCACAAAUAACGUCACGUAUUUGAACUCAUACAGAACGAUUUAUUAUCUAUCAGAACUUAUUCGAAACAAGACCCUGGAAGUUCCUGCAGACGCACUCCUUGUCGUCACAGCGUUGGACAUGGUAAGAAUAUCUGGUGGCAUUUUAUACAAGAAUACUAUGGGACUAGCCUUCAUUGGAUCUCUUUGUGGAGUCCAGCGCGUCCUUGCAGUCGAAGACACGCCAGGAUUGUUCAGGAUGAUCGACCUCGCGGUGCACGAACUAGGACACUCAUGCGGCAGUCUUCACGAUGGUGAUGUUCAGAACGAGAUUGCGUGUGGUCCCAAUGGAGGAUAUAUUAUGGUCCCUUUCGUUCGCCCUCCUCCAGGCAACUCGUUUUCAAGUUGCUCAAAAACAAUGAUUAGUAAUUAUAUGAAGUCCCUGCCCGAAGAGUGCGUUGAGGUGAAAUCAAAAAUCAAUCACCUGAAGGAUAUCAAAGACCUUCCGGGAAGCGGAAUGAGCAAGUCGGUUUUAUGUAAGAGGCUCUACCCCGAAGGAGGAGACAGUGGUCUGGACACGGGAAAUUAUCCAGACUGUAGAGCGUACUGCAUGAAUAAUAACCACUUCUGGUCUUAUGAGAAUCUCUGGGAUGGAAUGCAAUGUGGAAGAGGAAAGAUAUGUCUCGGCGGCGAGUGUGUAAAGACGCCACCGAAAUACCUUUCAAAGGCCAAGAAGAAAAAGCGCAGAAAAAUCAAACGCCGAAAGGAGACUGGAAGUCUAUAAAACCUGUUCAUCCUAUUAUCUUUAUCUAAAAUAUAACAAGUUUAAUAUGAAAGACUAAUUAAUUUCUUGACAUUUG